CCGAUUCAGUUAACCCGACUCUAUCUCAUUAUGUUCAAAUUCGACUUUGAAGUGGACCAAGACCCAGUGGACGAGGGAGUAGGACCUGCCGCGCCGCCACUAAUUCAAUUAGAAUCGUUUUCAGAGCUUUCCAUUGCACAUCUACUAGAGGCGCUUCCCUCCCAACUCUCAUAUUCCCCCGUGUCCAUUCCGCUCGCUUCAACACGACAACGAGUAACUCUGGCGAGAAGGGAUCUAUUCGAUGCCCGCUUUCAAUUGAUUUCCGUGGGCACCGGGGCUGACGGCGACAACAAAACGGAGGAGACGAGUUCGGGAUCGUCAGCGCUGGCUUUUCUAGAUGCACCGUCCGACCUUAUUCCGGGCGUCUACGAAGGCGGUCUCAAAACAUGGGAAUGUAGUCUCGAUCUAGUCAACUACCUCGAUGGCGUGGCUGGGCCGAGCGCGUAUUUCCAGGGGAAAGCGGUACUCGAAGUCGGCUGCGGGACAGCGAUACCAUCGACUUACAUCGUCAGCCGUCUCUUUAGUGAAGAACCACCAAUGGUGGAGACAAGGAUCCACUUACAAGACUACAACACCGACGUUAUUGAGCUGAUAACGUUUCCCAACAUUAUCCUUGCUUGGUAUAUGUCCCCCGCGUCGGACGAGUACCGCUCCUCAAUAACAGACAACGAGGACGAUAGACUUCCGCCGGCAGAGGUAGUGUCUCCCGGAGAGCUCUCGAUGACCGCCGACCUCAAGAAGGCUUUCUCCGCGUCACUCGAGCGAUAUAAAAUUCGACUCCAACUCUUUUCAGGCCCAUGGCAAUCCCUUGCCGCUCACAUACCUCCAACGCAAGCAUUCGACAUCGUGUUGACAUCAGAGACGAUAUAUCGGCUCGAGGCACUACCAGCGUUGAUACAGCUUCUCGAAGUAGCAUCUGGGGAGCAGGCUAUCUGUCUUGUCGCCGCCAAGGUCCUGUACUUCGGUGUUGGCGGUGGAGUGGCAGAAUUUGUUGCAGCAUUGGACCCUGCUUUGGAACUGGGAGGAGACGGGCCUCAACAACGACUCGCAGCUGGCAAGGGGCCGAUGAGUCCGGCACAGAUGCAAGAAAUACUACAAGACCCCGCAAAACUCAGCCUUCUGCUUUCAAUGAUGCCGCGCGACAACCCUGAGACUGGCGAGACAGCGAUAGAGCAGAUGAUGCGUGAGAAGCGUGAAUGGGCUGAAGCGGACGCAAAAAGCGCGAAGCUAAAGGAACAAGGCAACGAUGCAUUCAGGGCGGGGGACUACAAAAAGGCCUUUGCUGUUUAUACGGCCUGCAUGCUGCUGUCUGCACAUGAACCGCUUUACCCACUAAAUCGAGCUGCGGUCGGCCUCAAGUUGCAGCUUUAUCAGACCGUCGUCGAGGACGCUUCGGAAGCGGUCGAGAGAGAUUUCAAUUCGGCCAAAGCACACUUCCGGCGCGGCCAGGCCUUUUACUUCUUGGGCGAAUGGAGCAAGGCCGAGGAUGAUUACGCCAAAGCAUUGAAACUACAGCCAAAUGACUCCGCUGUUAUGCAGCAGAAAGGCGAACUUAAACGUGUGCGGGGAUUAUCAGCGGCAGAGCAAGCUGCCUGGUUGGCUGGACAAACGCGUCUCACCCUCAGGGAUGUUUUUCCAAAGGCCGAGUUCAAAGCGAGGAUCGAGGAGGCGUUGGGACGAAAAAUGACGACCACGGAGCUGGGUAUGAAUGGCUGA